AUGGAAGAAGAAGAAGAUUUCAAACAAUACGAUAUUCGUGAUGGAAUUAUCUUUCUUAUUGAAAUCAACGAAUCCAUAUUUCAAUCUUUGAAGGAAUUGAACGGUAAAAAUCAAUUAUUUGAGAUUAUUUCAUCAAUUGAUGAUUUACUUCAAGAUAUGAUCAUUAUAUUACCCAAUACUGGAGUGGGUAUUUACUUGUACAAUUGUGAAAGUGAAGACAAUUCUUACAAUUUGAAGAAAAUCUCCGGAUUACAUGAUUUAAGUUCCACAAAAAUGAAAUAUAUUCAUGAUUUAGUGACUGAUGAUAUUGAAAAUAGAGCUAAAUUACCUGAUUUAUUCAAAGUAGGAAAUAAUAAUGAAAACAAUUUACCUAAAGUAUUAACCAAAAUCAUUGAUCAAUUCGAUAAAUCUCAUUAUAAAACCAGAAAAUUGGUUUGGUUCACUAACAAUGACCAACCUUUUGAGUCUAAGAAUGUCAGAGAUUCUUUACAUCGAAUUAUUGAAGAUUAUGAAGAUAGAGGUAUUCAAAUUAAUCCUAUUUUCUUGAACAAGCAACUGAAUGAUUUCGAUAUCUCCAAGUACAGGGACAUCUUCUCGAGUACCGGCUAUUUGAAUAAUUAUAAGAACUCCACCAUAGUUUCGGAAAAAAUCAAAAAUGCCAUUAUAAGAUUGAAGGAAAUCAAACGUAUACAGUUCGCAUGUAAUUUGAUUUUAAGUGAUGGGAAACUAUCAGGUAAUCUUGGAAUUUCCAUUAAGGGGUACACCUUAUAUAAUCAGGAAAAAUUGACUAAAACACGUAACUUAUAUUACCACGAUAAUAAAUUGAAAUUGGUGGAAACUGAAUCAACCAUCAAGAAUGAAGCAGGUGAAGAGAUUACUUUAGCUACCGAUGAUAAGAAGUCUGCUGUAGAAUUGAAAUAUGAUGCUGGCAUCAAAAGUGGGAUUGAAUUGAAUGAUGAAGAAAAGACAAUCUUACACUUGGGUCCUCAACAAUGGGAAUUCUUGAAGAACUACGCUUUUGAUAAUAAUCCUGACAAUCUAGAGGACAGUGAAGAUGACGAGGAUAACGAUGAUGAAACAGAUUCACCUAAUACGGAUAUUUCUCCUCCUCCUUAUCUCAAACUACUUGGUUUCAGACAUAUAGAUAAGUUCACACCUUUCUAUAACUUAUCACCUCCAGCUUUCAUCACUGGUGAUUAUUUCAAUGGUAAAAAUAGUACUUAUGGUUAUACUGAACUGUUAAAGACCAUGUCACUACUUUAUAAAUCAUGUAUCAAAUUGAAAAGAUAUGCUGUCGUCUUUGGUUGUACCAAGAGGAAUUCUUUGCCCUCAUUAUAUGCUUUAUAUCCAACCAACUUACCUAGAUCGACCAAAUCCCAAAAUUUUGAGUUUCCUCAUGGGUUCUUAUUAGUGAAAUUGCCAUGGUUAGAAGAUAUUAGAUCAUUACCUGAAUCAGUAAUCAAUGAUGAUAUGAGAAAAUUCCCUGUAGAUAACAAAAAUGCAAAUCCUAGGGAAUUGGUCGAUUUGUACAAGAAAUUGGUUGAUUCUCAUCGAUGGGAACACUUCAAUCCUAACGCAUUCCCUAAUCCAGUGAUCAAUUAUCAUUAUAAGAUUUUGAAACAUAACUUAUUACAAAUUCCUUUUGAAGAAGAUGACAAAUUGUUGAAAAACAAUGAUUCUACUUAUCCUGUAGUAGAAAAGAUCUUUGAGACGUUUAAAAAAGGUGAACUUCAAGAAAUUUCUGAGUAUAUAACUCAAUACUUGAACAAAUUUGACAAUUUAGAUACCGUACGAGAGUAUAACAAUCCAGCUAAAAGGCAGAAGGUUGAUGAUUCCCUUACUCUAGAACAAGUGUUGACAGGUUGGAAAUCAGGAGAAUUGAAUUCUUUCACUGUGAGCCAAUUGAAAAGCUUCGCCAGAUCACAAAAGAUUACUAUGGGAAAUAAGAAAGAUGUAUUGAUUGAGAAUAUAAAUGCUUUCCUCAAUGCAAAAGAAAAGAACCUUAGUUAG